CUCAUGCUUACUGAUAUAGCCGUUUCGGUCAGGUGUGUAAGAAGAUCGACAGAAGUCCAAACGGGACUAGUAUCUUGCAACGGAUUUUCAAAGGAGUUAGUAUUUAUUACAAUUACACGGGAAAAGUCGAGUGCUUCGAUUUGGAUGAUGACCCUCAUGGUACAAACGGGUGGAAUUGGCAGGCAUGCACUGAGAUGGUGAUGCCGACUUCUAGUAGCAAAAACACGAGUAUGUUUCCCGCGUACGAUUACGAUUACGCCUCCGAUGAAGAGUGGUGUUUGGAGAAUUACGGUGUUAAACCUAGGCCUACUUGGAUCACUACCGAAUUCGGUGGACAUGGAUUUAAGCAUGCAUUGAAAAACUUUGGAAGUAACAUUAUAUUCUCAAACGGGUUAUUGGAUCCAUGGAGCGGCGGCAGUGUUUUGGAGGAUAUAUCGGAAACUAUUGUCGCUCUCGUCACAGAAAAAGGGGCCCACCACUUAGAUCUGCGUGCUGCAACCGCAGAGGAUCCUGAUUGGGCUGGGUGGAGCAGAGAGCUGCUGAAGUAAAGUUGAUCCAAUCCUGGUUAGAUCAAUACCUCGACAAAAAGAGAAAAGUUUUCGACAUGUGAAAAAAAAAUAAAUAAAAAAUAAUCGACGAGGUAAACUUUUUAGGAAUCUCUACCGUAACAUUUUGCCAUAAAUCUUGUAAAUAACUACUAACUCGACGAGGUUUCAGUUUUUCCUCGAGUUCUGAAAUAUGGAUGUAUGGAAUAAUAUCGUUGUUUUCAUUACACACAACACAUGUUGGUGUGUUUGUGUGUGAGAAUUCAUGGUUUGGCUGUUCAUAUAAGUAACAUUUUCUGGUUAAUGUAUAUAUUUCUUCCUGAU